AUGCUUGCGUUAAACUCCUUUCAAGCAGAAACUGGCACAGAGCUUCCCCUUGCCUUGGGCUUGUUGCUUGGGUUGAAGGGUAUCAGAGAGGCGUUUCAUUGUUCCCACCCAAACAACCCCAACCUCCUGAUCCCAGAGGCGAAGAACCUGAUCACUGAGCCACAAGGAAUAAAGACCGGUCUGGUCUGGCAGCAGGGGACAGGCUACGGAGGCAGGAAACCACUUCGGUUCACUGAUAUUGGGGCAGCUCCUGCCCCAGAGCUGCGUUUUGGUGUUGGCAGCCGCGUACUCGUGCGAGACGGAGACAACUGGGUUGCGGGAGAAGUCACUGCAGCUUGGGUUUUUGACGAAGAAGAUGAUCAAUUUUAUCGCUAUGCUGUACAGUUGGGCGGUGACCGUGGAGUCCUUGUCUCGGGCGACUCGGAUGGAAUCAUCAAACAACAAAAACAACAAGAGGCCGAACAUCUUGCCAAUCCGCUCGAUGGAAACUAA